CCUGGAGAAUCAAGUCACAGGAUCAGCCUCUUGGCACUGUGCCUCUUCCCGCCCCUUCUGGGUCAACUCCCUAGUCCUGGGAGCCAGGCUGUCUGCCAGCCUUCCUCGCCCAUCAGCCCACGCUGGGCAUGGCUACCCAUCACCACCCUUCCCAGGCUAGACGGGCGUCUGUUACAUACACCCCUCCCUCCUUGUCCAAGAUGGUGGGGGGAAGCUUGCCCUGUUAUUUGUAUUGCAUCAAAUAAUGCAAUAUUUGAUAAAAGAGGCUCCAGCUGAGAUCAAGGCCCUAUUGUGCCAGGUGCUGCACAGACCCGAAGCAUGACACACCCCGUCCCGAGGAACCCACAGGCUAAAUAGACAAGGGACAGGAGGGGAACUGGAGGCACAGAAGAGCAGAGCGAUCGGCCCAGGCACACACGGCAGAGGCAGGAAUAGAUCCCGAAAGGAGAUGGGACAUUUAUAGGGAUAUCAGGAAUAUCCCAAUUUAAUAGGUCAUCAUUAAUGAUGCUAAACCUCAGGCUUCAGGGCUUGAACUAAUCCCUACCUAUCAGAUCAGGAUGAGACUGAAUGGGGGGGAAGGGGGAACAGAAUGUCCCACAUCUGCCUGUGGUGGAAUUCUUGCAUGUUCCCCCGAAGCAACUGGUUCUGGUUCCUGUUAUCUACUGGGCUAGAUGGAUCUGGCAAGUCCUUUGUACCUAACUAGGUUUUUCGGUUCCCAGUUCCAUUCCCUAUCCACUAGGCCGUGUGGUCUCUCGAGCCAUAACACAGCGCUUGGAUCUAAUCACGGUUACUUCCUCCCCACCCUUCCACCUCGCCGAAUGGUUCGAUUCAUUUUGAACAGAAAACAAGUUAUGUGGGGUUAAAAAAUAACCAAACUCCCCGCUCCAAGGUAGCAAGGGCUGUGUAACUUGCACCACAGCUGCCUGCCGGGUGGCUUCCUGGAAGAUAAGCUCAAAGUUUUAUUAAGCACCCCUGCGUGUUUGCUCACAUGCUGAUAAUUAUCUUGUAUUCAGCUUUGCAACGUGUUCAUGGGGGCGGCGGGGCAGCUAGGUCAAGAUGCUACAACUUGUGCUGCCAAUUCCACCUGUGGCAAAUGCUCUGGAGUGAAGGCGGGCGCAGUCGACGCCCGUCUUGCAUAGGUGUCAUUGGUGAGAUGGGCCAGAACCUGACUCUAAGGGUUUGGCUACAUGUGAAAAUGAAUCCAGGGUGUGAGUUUAAAGCAGAUUAACUCCAUGGGUGGAUGCGCUUAUUCUGGAAUGAGAGUGCCUCGUUCAGAAUCACCUUAAUUCACUGGUGCAGUAGUUUAAUCCACGGGACUAAGCUAAUUCAGAAUAAGAGUGUCCACACAUGGAGUUAUCAGAAAUAGUUUACUCUGUAAUAGCUCUUUGUGUGGACAAGCCCUAAAAGCAGGGGGAAGGAUCUAGGCUUUUAGUUAUUCCCCUUAUUCGUGUAUCCAGGCGAGGCUGUUUGGUGAAGUGGAUUCGGGUGUAACAGCCAGGAGAUCUAGGGGGAAAUCCUGGUCCCAUUUACUUCAGUGGUGAUCCGGCCACUGAUUUGCAGAGUGACCAAUGGUAAGUAUCUGUGCCUCGGGUUCCUCAUCUGUAAAAUGGGGCUAAUAAGAGAGACCCACCUCCGGGGAGCACUCUGAGAUCUAUGGGAUUGUACAUGUGCUCCAUACAAACUAGGACUUUGCUGCUUCUCUCUUUCCAACAGCAAGGGGGUGACACUCAGGGCCUGAUUCUGCUCUCUUACACAGGUGAAAAUCAGGCCUGACUCCAGCCUAAGAGGAAAAUGAUGCCCCAGAGCUCUGCAGGGAGAGAGCAAAGGACCCAGGACUCCAGAAGUGACGUGCUUCUGGUUUUACCCCCGGGAGCAGGAGGAUAGGCUGGUUGCUGUGCUGUGCCCAGGGGCCCACGUUUAUCGAGAAGGCAGGGAUCCAUGGUACAUGGCAAGCCCACGAGAUCCGCCUGAAGCACGGAAGAGAGCAGGCGGAGGAGCAGAGAGCAUGAGAGGGAAACUGAGGCAGGGAGAGGCGAAUGAAGUUCCUUGCCCAACGUCGCACAGCAAGUGACAGGCAGAGACAGGAAGAGAACCCAGGACUCCUGACUUGCAGUCCAGCACCCUAUCUCCCCGUCCAUCUGCCUUCUAUGAAGAGUUUGGCAGAUACUUGUAAGCUGUCCACCUCCUUGGUAUCUAGAUACCGUACCAGACGUGGUUCUGAUCUCGGAUCAAUGUCAGACAACCUCCCUCCAGCCAGAGUCUCAGAAAUCUGUUUAAAUAAGACAUCAGAGCCUUUAUACUGAGGUCAGGAGCUCCUGAAUUGCCAAUUUAGGCCAAGGACAGAUGUUGUUCCUCAAAUGAGACUAUUUAAAGCCCUGGAGACCAACCUGAGUCUGCUGGUCCCACUAGCACUUCACCCGGUGAGAGGCCUUUGUAGAUUUCAUGAGGGGAAUUCAGUGCAAGUUUUCGACAUAGGGAUUCAUUAGGAAAUGUGUCACAUUUCCUCUCCUCCUUCCGCAGCUGCCACCCGCGUUGGCCGUCUCGUUAAAAUACAGUGCACGUGGGAAGGUGAGGGGAACGUCCGACUGACCCAGGCGAGCCCCCGUCGCUUGCCCCCUGAGCCGACACCAUGAUCUCCACGAAAGAGAAGUCCAAGGCCCCCAAGGAUAGCAUGACGCUCCUUCCGUGCUUCUACUUUGUGGAGCUCCCGAUCGUGGCUUCCUCCAUCGUGACGCUGUAUUUCCUGGAGCUGACCGACCUCUUCAAGCCAGCCAAGGUGGGUUUCCAGUGCUACGACCGGGCCCUGUCCAUGCCUUACGUGGAGACCAAUGAGGAGAUGAUUCCUCUGCUGAUGCUUCUCAGCCUGGCCUUCGCUGCUCCUGCCGCCUCGAUCAUGGUCGGGGAAGGCAUCAUCUACUGCCUGCAGUCCAAGCUGAAGGGGCGCAGUGGGUCGGAGGGGAGCAUCAACGCCGGCGGUUGCAACUUCAACUCCUUCCUGCGCAGGACUGUAAGGUUUGUGGGUAGGUUUUGCUGCAGUCCUGGCCUGGAGCCUUUCAGUUCUUUGUAUCUGGGGGGGAUCCUCCUUGUGAAGCUGCCCAGGGCUUGGAUGAAGAUGGGGCGGCGACGGAGGAGCCUGCAUGGGAAGCACGUGCAGCUUGGAGCGCGACAUCCAGCAGCAUAGAGAUCACUGCGGGCU